UACUCAAAAAUCCUUCUGUCCUGCCCUUCGCCCCGCUCUGCCAACGGAGUCGUGCUUCAUUAGAUGAUGUUAAUCGUGAGGAAGUAUAUAUACUACUGCAGUAACCUUUUCUAUAGCUAGACAUUGUAAUAACACUUUGUAAUAACACUUGUCGCUGUUUAUUUGACGGUCAUCGCGCUUGGUAAUAAAAUACUGAAGUUGUCACAUUUUGUAACAACACCUGUUACACUUGAUAAUCACUUGGAAUGGAUUGUCGUAGGGCACUUAAAACCAAUGCUAUGCGACAGCUUUUUCAAGUUAUUACAAAGUACGACAAUUGUAAUUAAAAAAAAAAUAUGACAACUUCAUUACAAAGUAUGACGAGUACCUGAAAAGAGACGCUUAUUAUAGAGCGCGCCAGAACAGAUUAUAUACUAGUUCUACUUCAUCACGACGAUACGUCGAAGUUUAUUCUGUGCUAGUAUAGUGAGUGAAUGUGUUACUCUUUGAUCUAGUUUGUUUGUUUAUUUUUCCCUUAUCUUUCGUUUCUUUAUGAUAAUUUUCAUCUGUGUAAACAUUCCUUUUUUAAUGUUCGUUGUCGGGAAGGGAAGAAGGAAACAACUUCGAGCCAUAUGGGACUGACAGAGUCCACAUCCUGGACUUCUCCAGAAAACAGAGCUGAUACUUUAGAACAAGAUGGAGCAGGAUUGGAGAUAUCAGCAUUAAACGAGAAAUCAAAGAGGCAGAAACGAAAACAGGAUCCAGGUUCUGCCAAAAUUAUCAAUGAGGUCAAUGCAACCCCUGAUGUGCGUGCGCAAGACCGAAAUACCACAGAGCACAGGUUUGAUGGUGCAAAGGGUCACCUGGGAUCAGAGAAUAACAACAGGCCCAAAUCAAAGAAUAAAAAAAUGCUGCAUGCUGCAAAAAUGGUUCAACAAAUGACCAACGUUACGACGUUCCUCUCUUCGUUUAAAAAGGAGUCAGAGUACGUUUUCGUGGAAAUCCCAAAGCAUCCUGAUGACCGAGCAGCUGACCUGGGAUUUACUUUACAUGGUGGUAUUGAUGGUCCUGUCAUCCCUGGAGAUCUCGGUAUUUUCAUCGACAAGGUGAUCCCCGGCAGCUUGGCGGACAACAAACUGAGUCCUGGGGAUAGAAUACUAUCAAUAAACGGACUGAAUAUCACCAAAGUACCGCUGACAUCCGCACGCCAGGCGGUGGGAAAAACUAGGGGUGUAGUCAAACUUUACGUCAGGAAAGCUCCAAGAAGACAGCAAAUCAUCAACCAAGCCAUAAGGAAAGAAAACGAACAAGAUGUUCCAUUGUUCAGCAACGAGCAGAUUGAAGAGUUCGAAGAUGCUUUUUCCGUUUAUGACGUACGAGGUACAGGAAAAAUAAAAGUAGGAGCGGUUUUUCCUCUGAUUCGUUCACUGGGGUACAAUCCUCCCGAGGCAAAGGUGUGGGUCUUCAUGAAUGAACUGGAUUUAACAGCAAACCGGAAAUUAAAGUUUGAAGAGUUUGUGAGAUUGAUGGAGGCCUUGAUAAAUGACGAAAACGAACAUGAACAACCAUCACUUGACUCCAUACGGGUAUUUGACCCAGAAGAACUCGGCUACAUUAGCUCUAAAGAUCUGAAAACUGCGUUGAAAAGCAUGCCGGGAAGUGCUCACGUGAGAGACUUUGAGCUUCGAGAUAUUCUUCGAAAAGCCGACCCUGAUAGAGAUGGAAAAAUAAAUAUUCAAGAUUUUCAAAGACUUUUGGAACCCUCUGUGGGACUAAAAUAGCUGGGGAAAAUGGUAUUCAUAGUCCUUGUUAUGAAUAUUGUAAUUUCCAAAUACAAAAUAUGAAGUGAAACUUUGGAGUGUUUAAAAUUCCAUCUACCACAGUGGAGAUCUCAAAAGACCAGCUUUUAAGCCGAGGCCACAAGAGAUUGGUGCAAAAAAUGGAAAGGUAACAAUAAAAUGAAAAGCCUCAGACUUCAGAAAUGUUAAACCUUUCACAUAUAAAAAAG